GUCAUCUUUAAAAAUGGCCGCUUUGGUGCUUUACUUACGAAGAUGUCAAUUUAGGGUAGUUGUUUAAGCACACGAGUGAUGCGAUUUGCGAUCCCGCAAUGCAUGACAUAACGCCGGAGGUUUGCAAGAGACGACGGAAACUUUUUGUUUUACUUCACAGUGGAUCAGCAGAUGAACAACAAAUAUGGAUCAGUACUCACAGUGCACGUGCCUGGAUGGUGUUAUUGCGGUGACUGAAUAUGCUUGUUGCCGUUGAAUUGAACAAUUCCAAGAAACCAUGAAACUAAGGGCACGCUGGAAGCGCAGGAGAAGUCAUCUUUUUCUCUCCUGGUUGACUAUCCUUUGGGUAUUAUGUACUCCGACGGGAGCCAGGAGCGGUUUGAAAGCUCAACUGGCGGAGUCUGUGUGCAAUACUAGCCAUCCUGAGCAAAGGGUUUUGCUGCAAUACUCCACUUCAGUUGUGCGAAACGAAUAUAUUAUCACAUUCAAGCACUAUUAUCGGACAAAUGCACGAGACAAGUUCAUCAAAGCAGCCCUCAGAGGCUCAGGAAUUCAUAACUGGGAGCGGUUGCCCCGCCAAAAUGCAGCUACUGACUACCCCAGUGACUUUGAACUUAUAAGGCUACUUGAAGGAACUGUAGAAGAGGGACUGGCAGCUCUUCAGGAUCAUCCACUGGUCAAAUAUGUUACGCCACAGAGGAGUGUUACUCGUACCCUGAAGUUUCUUAAUGCCUCUGAUGAAACGCCGUGCAGGGGCACUUCUUGUUGGCAUUCAUCACGUUCAUUCUCGAGACGAAACAGCCUUGCGUGGGACAGUGCCUUCGCACACGAACCAGAGCGUAGUCCGCAACGCAAGCUUAUGCGUGCUAUUCCUAGGCAAAUCACAAAGGCGCUACAAGCUGAUGUUCUCUGGAAUCUUGGGAUCAGAGGUGCCAAGGUCAAGGUGGCAGUGUUCGACACUGGGCUUCCAAAAAACCAUCCCCAUUUUAAGAAAGUCAAAGAGCGGACAAAUUGGACAAAUGAAAAGAUGCUUGAUGAUGGUUUAGGCCAUGGCACUUUUGUGGCUGGUGUCAUUGCAAGCAGCCGUGACUGCCUUGGCUUUGCACCUGAAUCAGAGCUGCAUGUGUACCGUGUCUUCAACAAGGAUCAGCUGUCCUACACGUCUUGGUUUUUGGAUGCUUUCAACUAUGCCAUCCUGAAAAAGAUAAAUGUUCUUAAUCUGAGCAUCGGUGGGCCUGACUUCAUGGAUCAUCCUUUUGUGGAUAAGGUAUGGGAGCUAACAGCAAACAAUGUCAUCAUGAUUUCUGCUAUUGGCAACGAUGGCCCACUGUAUGGUACUCUGAACAACCCUGCUGAUCAGAUGGAUGUGAUUGGUGUGGGUGGAAUUAACUUCGAAGACCAAAUUGCCCGUUUUUCAUCCCGAGGAAUGACAACCUGGGAACUUCCUGGUGGCUAUGGGCGCCUAAAGCCGGACAUUGUUACGUAUGGCUCUUCCGUCCGAGGCUCUGCUGUUUCAGGAUCAUGCCGGUCAUUGUCAGGAACAAGUGUUGCUUCACCGGUGGUUGCUGGAGCUGUGACACUUCUCAUGAGUGGUGCGCUGCAUCUGGGAUCAGCCCUGAACCCUGCCAGUGUGAAGCAGGCUCUGAUGGCAUCAGCCGGCCGACUACAGGGCUUCCCUAUGUUUGAACAAGGCUGGGGCAAACUGCAGCUGCUUGAAGCUUACCGAGCUUUAGUCAACUACCGUCCUCAGGCAACACUGAGUCCCAGCUACUUGGAUCUCAGUGAGUGCCCCUACAUGUGGCCCUACUGUACCCAGCCACUCUACCAUGGUGCCUUGCCCGUCAUUGCCAAUAUCACAAUUCUCAAUGGCAUGGGUGUAUCCGGCCGUAUUGUUGGGAAGCCCGAGUGGCAUCCAUACAUUCCAGAGCAUGGCCACUACUUGGAGCUUGCAUUUGGCUAUCCUGAGGUGCUGUGGCCCUGGUCAGGCUUCCUCUCCAUCCACUUCCUGGUGACUGCAGAAGCUGCACAGUGGGAGGGCAUUGCCCAAGGCCAUGUGUCUCUCACUGUAGAGUCCUCACCUGGGGAAGGGGAAGUAGAACCACGGCGAUCGAACCUAAAGUUGCCAAUUAAGGCAAAGAUUAUUCCAACCCCUCCUCGCAGCAAGCGCAUAUUGUGGGAUCAGUACCACAACUUGCGUUAUCCUCCUGGCUAUUUUCCAAGGGACAACUUGAAAAUAAAGACAGACCCUUUAGAUUGGAGUGGAGACCACAUCCACACUAACUUUAAGGACAUGUACCAGCAUUUACGAAAUCAUGGUUAUUAUAUUGAAGUUCUUGGUUUCCCAUUCACAUGCUUUGAUGCACAAAACUAUGGAACUUUGUUGCUUGUUGAUCUUGAAGAAGAAUACUUUCCCGAGGAGCUGGCUAAGCUGCGUCGUGACGUAGAGAAUGGGUUGUCGCUGGUGGUGUUUGCCGACUGGUACAACGUUUCUGUCAUGCGCAAGAUUAAGUUUUUUGAUGAGAACACACGCCAGUGGUGGAUGCCCGACACUGGAGGUUCAAAUGUGCCAGCCAUCAAUGACCUGUUGUCAUCUUGGAACAUUGGCUUAGGUGACCACGUCUAUGAAGGCGAGUUCACCAUUGGAGACCAUAAAAUGUACUACGCCUCUGGUACAAGCAUAAUCAAAUUUCCAGAGAAUGGCCUUCUGAUUCGGAGAACGCUCACCAAUCAAGGCCAGGAAGUGUUGGAAAAGAAAGCAGAUCAUGUUGAAGGGGUUCCUAUCCUUGGUUUACUGCAAACUGGCAGUUCGAAGACUUCUGGGCGCAUUGCUGUCUAUGGAGACUCUAAUUGCAUUGACACUACACACAUCCAGAAAGAUUGCUACUGGCUGCUGCACGCUCUGGUUCAGUAUUCAACCACAGGCCUGAUUGCACCUUUCUUUGAAACUACCAAUGCAGCACUUCCCAGUGAUCCAGUGUUGCCAAAACGAAUGGAAGGAAACCGUCUGUACCGGUACUCCAAGGUCUUCCAGAACCACCCUGGGGUGCCUGAGCUGCGGGCAUUGCCUCCGUGCCAAACGCUGAAUUGGGCAGUGCCACAACCACUCAAUGAAUCAGCACCAAGUGUCUUGUGGAAGUCCCAGAAACUGCUCUCCGUUGAGCCCCUACCCCUGGGAGCUGGCGCAGGAGGUGUGGUUGAUGUUGCCGACGAGCUGGCGUUUCCGUCCCUGAAGCAGCGUUGGGGUGGUUGGGCCUUGCAGCCAGAUGAAGACGACAACAGGCAGGCUGUGGUUUCAGAGGACAGUGUGGCAAAAGACAGUGAGCCAUUUUUGUGGAAAGAUGGCGGUGUGGUGCGAGACCUGGUUGAAGCUGCUGAAAAUGGCCAUCACCGUAUUGACUGGUCCUCCAUGCCUCAAAGUUUCCGCCGCAUCUCUGAUCAACAUGAAGCAGGACGCAUGACACCGGGUGUGGCCAUUGAUGAUGACACAGUCAAUCAUGUUCAUGUUGAGGUUCAUGUUAGUGUGAACUUGCACCAACAUAUUGAACUGUGACAACAUGGUUAUUUAUGAACGCUAGUGUAUAUAUAUUAACAAUACAUUGUGUGCAUUCUGCGAAACUUUGUACAUCUGGAAAAGGCCCACUCUGAGAAAAUAAAAAUCUGUUUUUUCUUUA